AUGACAAUCACUGGAUCUACUAAUAAAACAACCCUUCCUGUUGGCACCGCUCCAUUCUUUGUUAGUGAACAACUUCGGUCUACUCUUUCUGUCAUUGACAAUGCUUUCCAUAUUCAUCGUCCCGAUAAACACUCUCUUACCGCUUUGUUUGGCUCAGCUGUCUUGAAUUCGCCUGUCAAUUCAUUUCAGGAUAGUUUGAAUGCUUCCACUCUUCAUUCUGUUUCAGCCCAAGUGAUUUGGGAUGCCAUCAAUUCCCCUUUUUUUGGAGAAACUGCUUCGAAUAUGCAAAGACGAUCUUCUAGUCUUCAAGCAGCCACUCGAAAUAUUCAAACUACUUUGGCUGGUCCAUUGAAAUGCAUUCUUGAACAUAAAUCUGGCCAAGAUUACAACAGUAAGACUGGAUCGUAUACUCCUCUUGGUCAUACCGAUGAUAAUUCGACAAGCGCUUCCAUGGAUAUUGCCCAUUUGGUAGUGCUAUCAAAAGCACUUGCUACCAUCAAGGCACUUACACUUCAAGAGCUACUUGAUGAUGUCCAUCCAUUAUCUAACGAGAUUUCGUAUUGGGAACAGCGCGAAUCUUCUAGAUGGUCACUGGCAUUUUAUAUUCUACAAACCCUUCCUAGACAGCUAUUUGAUGGAAUAUGCAUCCUGUUUUCUACUGUUUUUAAGAGAGCUGGCUCGGGGUUAUUCAAACACACCAACGCGUUGCCAGAUCUGUCUAGCGCGGAUUCAGAUCUUGCCGGUUCUACUUCACAUAGUGCUUUUAGUCUUUUUCAACUUUCGCAAUCAUUUUCAUUGGGACUAUCUCUUCGAUUAAAACCACUUUCCUGGAUUGAUAUGGCCAAACGAGAAAUGUCCGUCAAACGAGAACGACUAAUGAAUGCUCAGCUCUGGCAAGCACAGUGUCUUGGUGUUCUUAUUCGUAGUAAUAUCAACAGUGUAUUUCAGCCCGAUCUUUAUUCUUCCAAUAUAUCUUGCUCCAUGGUUGCAGUUGGAUCUACAAGAGCCAAGGGCAAGUCUCGCAAUAUUGGAAAGCUGAUUAAAUAUUUUGCUUCCAAGAAACCUGACUCGAAUAGUUCGAGUAGUAGCAAUACAGAAAAUACUACCGAAUUAAAAAAGACUCUUUCUGCCAAUGUUUCUAGAGAAAUUUCUGCAAUUGGUGCAGUUGUGAAUGCUCUUUCUAAAAUGGGCCAAGAUAUUCCAGCUUCUGACGAGUUUCUGCCGCUCCAUAUUGAUAUUGGACCAGAUCGACCCUCUGCCAGUAUUAAAUCAAUGUAUACGGAUACUCUGGUAUUGACUGAAACUCUCAAGACUAUGGCACGACAGUCUAGUGAACUGGUGGAAAAACUGGGACGGCCAUCACUGCUACUUCGAGUCUGGUUGCCCACUUUUAUUACUGCUCUAGGUGGUAUAGUUGUACUUCGAUCUGCUUCUCCUAGAGAGAUUUUUGAAUUUUUCAAAACCACCUGCAUGAACAUGUGGGAGUAUGGUAGUGACUUUGUCACCAAUUGGAUUGUCCAGCCAUUGGAGAAUGUUCUCAAAACAAUUAGACACGAUGAGGCUCAAUUGGCAUUGUUGGGAUCAGAGAGUUUGGCCUCUGACUUGGAUUUGAAUGUAAACCUCAAGUCAUUGGAAAGAAUGGUGAUUGAGUUUGCUCGCGAUCACGGCGAAUUGGAUGCAACUCGUCUUAAGGAGAUUGGCGGCCGCGUUCGACUUGGAGAUCUUACAGCAGUUCUUCAGAGUUAUGAGGUAGACAUAAAGCAGCCUUUAAAAAACAUUAUUGCAGGAGACUUGAUUCGAUCUCUGCUUAUACAAAUUCAAAAGACUAAAGUGGAUGGCGAGUUAGCAGUGUCAGUUUUAGAUAAGCUGCUAAAAUCCAACGAGCUCAACUUUGCGUUUUUAGCUGUCAUGCCUACACUGCUGAUUACAUAUGUAGGUAUUGGAUGGUUGCGUCAUGUAUUGACGCCUCAGCCAGUUGCUAGUUCCAACGUAGUACAAUCUAUGAAACGGAGUUUAAGAAACAUUGAACGAAUUUUCAACCAAAUGGAUCUGGAACAAGAACCAAGCGAAGUAUCCAUUUCAUUUGGACUUUUAUUGUGUGAAACGUGUACUUUGCAUGAGUGUGCAAUGGCUUUGCCGAGAUCGAUGGGAGGUGGAUCUACACUUGUGCAAGACAUAGGAGAUUUGGAAAACAUUGUUGUGUUUCAACAAGAAGUGUCUAAAGCAGGCAUGGCAGUAUUGGCACGAAUUUGGCGAACUAAUCUGUCAUUAUAG